UACCAAGACAAAAGGCGCAAAUUCGUGGCGGCCAGGAAGGAGCUCGCAGACAAACAGAAGGUCGUAUCCUCCGAGACAGUGUCCACCCACCAAGAGGGAAGGCAUCGGCGUCCCGAUGUCUCGAGUCGCGAUCCGAGCUCGGAGAGAGACCGCUCGGAAGGAGACAAUCUAGACACCGACAAGGAGGUCCACUCUUCGGGGAAGAGCACCACCGACUCCGAAGUGUGGGGCAAGAAAUGCGACGAGGAGGAAAUCGACACCGUUCAUUGGCCGGACCCCGAAAAGACGGAUGUACCUACCGAUGUGGGAUCGUGCAUGCUGAAGCAACUACGCGAUAUUUCAAACUCCUACUCAGGACAAGUGAAAGAGUUAGUCAGGAAGAGAAACCAUCUUCUUGCUUUAGUGGGAGGGUUGAUUGCGAUGAAAAGGCCCGUUGUAUGCGAGGAAUUGAGGAAGCAAUUUCAGGAAUGUCAGAAAGAAGCCGACCAGCUGGAUUUGCGCAUGGACGACAUGAGGAGGAAACAGACAGACUCCAUCUCGAGCUUCGGAGAAGCCAUCAACAGCCUCGCGGCGGAGCAUGAGAGGGUGAAGGCCGAAUUGGCCACCGCUCUGAAGGUGAAGAGCGAGUUGGAAUCAAGAGGG